AUGGCAUUCUAUACUGACAACGACCCGGUGAUAUGUAGAGCUUUUUCUUUAUCUCUUAAGGGGGAAGCUCUGGAGUGGUUCCAUAACCUUCCACGGAAUUCAGUAGAUUGUUUCGCCACAAUCGAAUCCUUAUUCCGCAAACAGUAUGCGGCUAACAGAAAACCGGCGGUGACCGCUGCGGAGCUUGUCCAUACCAAGCAAGAGAAGGAUGAGACCCUGAAAGCUUUUAUGCAACAAUAUAUCGAGACGGCCCGGCGUGUCAAGGAUAUCACUCCCGCUUUCAUCAUCAGCAACUUAUCUUCCUGCUUAAAACCGGGACAGUUUGCGGAACAGUUGUAUGCUGAUCCUCUGACCUCCAUGCAAGAAUUGCAAUCCACUAUUGCAAAAUUCAUCCGCAUCGAAGACCACCGUAACUCCCGAAAGAAACAACACCAGGAUAUCUCCAGCCAGGAGACAAGGAAACCAGUUAAGCGAUCCACUAACGACUACAAACCGGACCGACCACCUCGGAAGGAGACAAGGUGGAUAUCUAAGUACGAUCGUUACACGACUCUCAAUGCACCACGGGCGAGGGAGCUGGAAGAGGCCUUGCACGCCGAACUCUUAACCGUGCGACGAAAGGCCACCCCGAAAAACGCAGACAGUAACAAAACCUGCCUAUUCCAUAUGAACCAGGGACACGACACAAAAGAGUGUAACAUGGUGAAAGACGAACUAGAGAGACUCAUCAGGGCAGGUUAUCUUCAGAAUUAUAUUAAGGAUAGAGUCUCCACUAGAGCUAACACCCCUCGCCGAGGAGAUCCUUCUAGGCGAAGCCCCCAACGAUCACAUCCGAGAGAUGAUCGACCCCGAAGACGAUCUCGUAGUCCGCCUCGCCGGACAGAAAGGGAGCGCUCGGUCCGAGGCCGCAUUGACACCAUAUCUGGCGCUAGUAUCGCUCGGUAUGAUGUCGGCAAGGUCCUCGUUGACCAAGGGAGUUUGGUCAACAUCUUGUACUGGUCUACCUUUCAGAAGAUGGACCUAUCUGAGGAUCUCAUCGCCCCGUUUAACGAACAAAUCGUAGGAUUCUCAGGAGAGAGAGUGGAUACCAGAGGAUACCUAGACCUGCGAACCCGGCUCGGAACAAGUCGAGAGGCACCUGAGCUUCGAAUUCGAUUCCUGCUGGUCGAGGCCAAUACAUCUUAUAACGCCCUACUUGGACGACCUUGCCUGAAUGCGUUCGGGGCAAUUGUAUCCACUCCUCACCUCGCCAUGAAGUUUCCGACAGAUCGUGGUGACAUUUGUACCGUAAGGGCAGAUCAACGAUUAGCCCGACAGUGUUAUGUGGCGGGGCUGAAAGUAACCCCUUUCGUUCCAACCAGAAGGACAACAGGAGCCGAGGCAGCAGCGGUUGACUUAGACCCCCGAACCAAUAUAGACGAGCGUCUUCUUCCGCAAGGCGAGGUCAAAAUCCUCUCCUUGACAGAUGACGCAUCUAAAACUACUACCAUUGGCGGGGACCUCACCCCAAGCGACGAGCGCGAUCUAGAGCGUAUACUACGGAACCAUGCCGAUUUGUUUGCAUGGACGACCGCCGACAUGCUGGGAAUCCACCCCGGGAUUAUGGCCCACAGAUUAUCCAUCUUCCGGGAGGCACGGCCUGUCGCCCAGAAAAAGCGACGGUUCGGGGAGGAGAAGCGCAAAGCCAUUCAAGCGGAGGUCGAGAAGCUGAUGAACGCUCAGUUUAUCAGAGAGCUAACUUACACUACGUGGCUGUCAAACGUAGUCAUGGUUAAAAAGUCAAAUGGCCAGUGGCGAAUGUGUGUCGACUUCACAGAUCUCAAUAAAGCAUGUCCCAAAGAUUCAUAUCCCCUGCCUAGCAUCGAUCGUUUGGUAGAUGGAGCUUCAGGUCAUGUCAUCUUGAGUUUUCUCGACGCUUAUUCAGGAUACAACCAGAUCCCAAUGUACAAACCAGAUCAAAACAAGACGGCCUUCAUUACCGAACGCGCUAAUUACUGUUACGAGGUAAUGCCCUUUGGAUUAAAGAAUGCCGGGGCCACUUACCAACGCCUUAUGGAUAAAAUAUUCCAUCAUCAAAUAGGACGAUGUAUGGAUGUGUAUGUCGACGACAUGGUUGUUCGCAGCCAUUCUAUGGAGCAACACCUGCAGGAUUUGAAGGAAGUUUUUGGGCAACUUCGACGGUACAGCCUGCGCCUUAAUCCUUCCAAGUGCACUUUCGGCGUUCCCGCGGGUAAGUUCUUAGGCUUCAUGCUCACGCGUCGAGGCAUUGAAGAAAAUCCGGACAAGUGCAGAGCUGUACUCGACAUGACAGCUCCGCAAACUUUAAGGGAUGUGCAACGUCUGGUAGGGCGACUUACAGCUUUGUCCCGAUUCAUUCCGAAGCUUGCCGAACACAUCAAACCCAUCCUGAAGAAUUUAAAAAAGGGCACCACCCGACACUGGGACGAUGAUUGUGAAGCAGCGUUCGACACUGUAAAGCGCAUUCUCACCAGUCCGCCGAUUAUGGCUCGGCCGGACACUGGAUCUGACUUGCAGCUGUACAUUGCGGCAUCCCAUCACGCUGUUAGUGCUGCCUUGAUACAGGAAGCUCCCUCCCUUAAAUUGAUAUACUUCGUCAGUCGUACGCUGCAGGGGGCUGAAGAACGCUAUUCUCGAAUUGAGAAAAUUGCCCUGGCAUUGCUCACCGCUUCUCGACGCCUCCGCCCGUAUUUCCAAAGUCAUCAAGUGGUAGUCCAAUUCGGACUCCGCUACGAGCCGCGAGGGUCCGUCAAGGGACAACACUUAGCAGACUUUGCGGCUGAGGCGCUACCCUCCCCAGAUGACUCGUUCACCAAUUGGUUACUCAGUGUAGACGGAUCUUCCGGCAAAAAGGGGGGAGGAGCCGGUAUCGUUCUGGAAGGACCAGAUGGAUUAGUUAUCGAGCAAGCCAUCACUUUCAAUUUCCCAGCUAGCAAUAAUCAGGCCGAAUAUGAAGCCUUAAUUGCCGGCCUAUCCCUAGCCAGGGAGCUCACGGUUGACCGUUUAGAAUGUCGGAUGGACUCGAAGUUGGUAGUCGGCCACGUAAACGGAACCUAUCAAGUCAAAGAUAAUCAGCUAUUACGUUAUUUCCACAAGGCUCAAUCCUUACUACGAAAUUUCGUCGAGGUUAACGUCAUCCAUGUACCCAGAGAACAAAACGCAAGAGCAGAUCUCUUGUCUAAGUUGGCUCAUUCCAAGGAGCGAGCACAGCUGUCCUCAAUCAUUAAGCUGACGCUCGACAGUCCGGUGGUGGAAGCAUUCGUCACCGAUCUAUCAACACCUACAACGGAUUGGCGCCAGCAUAUUAAGAAUCUUAUGGAAAAACAAGACAACGGAGACAGCAUUUCGGUGGUUGAUUCCAAGCGCAUAGCACGUUUUGUGUGUAUAGGUGACGACCUAUACCGUCGCGGCUAUGGCACUCCUUUGUUGAAGUGCAUUUCAGAGGAAGAGGCAAACUACGUACUGCGCGAGUUACACACCGGGAUAUGCGGGUUACACUCUGGAAAACGGACCAUGAGGGCUCGUGUGCUCCGCGCGGGAUAUUAUUGGCCUACACUCGACCACGACUGUGAAGAAUUCGUUAAGAACUGUAUUUCCUGUCAAGCCCAUGGUCACGACAUCCGCGCACCCCCAGAGGAUUUACACCAUAUCGUCUCUCCCUGGCCGUUCGCUCAGUGGGGUCUCGACAUAGUUGGACCACUGCCGAUCGCCAAGGCGCAAAACAAGUUCCUCCUAGUGGCGGUCGACUACUUCACCAAAUGGAUAGAAGCCGAACCAUUAUCCGUUAUCAGUGCCCAACGAGUACAGAAGUUCAUCUGGCGUCUCAUCUGUCGAUUCGGCCUCCCUAAGAAAAUCAUCACAGACAACGGUCGCCAAUUCGUUGCCCGUAAACUAGAAGACUUCCUCAGCCAGUUAGGCAUCCAACAUGUCACAUCCUCCGUCGAACAUCCUCAAACUAACGGCCAAGCAGAGGCCGCGAACAAAGCCAUACUGACAGAGUUAAAGAAGCGACUUGGCGAAGCCAAAGGGGACACCCCGUUCAACCUGACUUAUGGCACUGAGGCUAUGCUCCCAGUCGAAGUUGGCGAGCCUUCAUUAAGGCGCAAUAUCACCGAUAUGUCCCUUAAUGAAGAACAAUUGAGAAUAAAUCUCGACAUCCUCCCCGAACGUCGAGAGGUUGCCGCCAUUCGAGCAGCAGCGCAAAAGCGAAUGCUAUCUCGCCGAUAUAACACCAAAGUCAAACCCAGAACCUUCAAAAAUGGAGACCUGGUAUGGCGAAAACGAGGAGAAGCUAGGAAGAAUCGAGCACACGGUAAGCUUUCGGCCAACUGGGAAGGACCAUUUCGAAUUAUAGAAGACAUGUCGAACGGAGCAUAUCGCCUCCAACUUCUUGAUGGGCAACCAGUUCCUAACACCUGGAAUGCCACUCACCUUAAAUACUAUUUUAGUUAA